AUGAUUUCCAACAAAACUUAACAUCCACGUCAAAAGUGUCGAAGUAGUGCCGAUCGUUGAUUCUGCGGCAAGAAUAUUUUUUUUAAAAAAUUCGUGGACUAACUAAUUUAUAGUUUCAGAAAUAAUUGAAAAUGGAUUCUUUAUUGGAACCUACGUUAUACACAGUCAAAGGAAUGUGCAUUUUGGACAACGACGGCAAUCGAAUAUUGGCUAAAUACUACGAUAAAAAUGUUUUUCCCACGGUCAAGGAGCAGAAGGCAUACGAGAAGAACUUGUUCAAUAAAACACAUCGGGCAAACGCAGAAAUUAUCAUGCUUGAUGGACUUACGUGUGUCUACAAAAGUAAUGUUGACCUAUUCUUCUACGUGAUGGGUAGCACACACGAAAACGAAUUGAUUCUGCUAUCGGUGUUGAACUGUCUGUUUGAUACGGUAACAAUGAUCUUGAAGAAAAACGUCGAAAAGCGGGCUGUGCUAGAGAAUUUGGACAUCGUCAUGUUGGCUUUCGACGAAAUCUGCGAUGGAGGAAUAAUUUUGGACGCUGAUCCAUCCUCGGUUGUAAAACGAGUUGAUUUGCGAAACGAUGACAUUCCGAUAGGGGAACAAACUGUAGCACAGGUUCUACAGUCCGCUAGAGAACAGUUGAAAUGGUCUUUACUAAAAUAACUUCACCAAUAGUAAUUCUGGUCGACCACAGUGGUAUAUUUAAAAGCACUGCGCCGUCGUCAACCAAACAUAAAUUUACGUUCGGUUAAGAAAUACUUUUUACAUUGAUAGCUAUACAAUAAAUAUAUAACAUUAAAAACUACAAUCCCACAA